AUGGUAAAGUUAAAUUUCUUAGUUUAUUUUUUGGCCUUCGCUACAAUUUUUUAUUUUGCUGGUGUGACAGAAGGAGCCAAGUGGGGGAAUCCUGAUGAUUGUCCACCAAGUUUUCCUGAAGGUUGUUGUGUUGAUGGAUGCUGCGUUAAAGAAGAAUGUAACUGCAUGGGAUGCUGUGGAAGUUGUGAUGGAUUUUGAUGUGAUACAUUCAAGAAAGACUUGAAUUUUAUAAAGAAUACUGGAAAGAU